AUGUCGGCGCCGCAGCCGUUGACACUGCUGGUGCCAACGCAGCUGCAGUCUCUUGUUCUGGACGGUGGGACUGAGAUUGUGGUGGAGACGCGGCCAGGCGAGCAGAGGCGUUUUUUCCUGCGCGUCUUUGACGAGGCAGAGCGGAAGGAGGUGGUGCGUGCGCACGCGGCCUGCAGCAAGAUACAUGAACGGAUGCUGGCGGACCUGAACUGGGCACGGGCAACACUAUGGAACGAUGCGCGUCUCCAGCAGUACCUCUACAGUCAGGAUUGGAUGACGUGGCCCUCGCUCCCAGAGCUGUCGAGCAUGGUGGAUCUCGUGCGCUCGGCGAAGGAAACAGACGAGGUCCCUGACUUUGCGGGUGCAAAUGCACUGAAAAAGGCUUUGGACAUCGUUGCGAUGGAGUUGACCUAUCCUGGCCUCCACACCCUAAAGGAAGAGCCUCUUGCAGGGCCGAUGGUGGCGUUUGCCACGACGAGGGCCGACGAUUGUGUGGUGGGGGACAAGAUGCAUGCAUUGCUGGGCGGUGACGUGGAACAGCGCCUUGGAAGUUCUGCGUGGGUGUUGGAGCUCAAAACCCCCUCCUUGACGCCUGAUGAGGCUGCGCGUCUCCCGCUGACGACACGUGUGCGAGAAGAGUGUUUGCGGGUUAUGCAGCCUGGCCUGGGCGCCGUUGCGGACUCCGGGGCGUCGUGGAGAGCCGUGUUGGAAGCCCACCGUCGUUGCAGAGAAGAACUUGGCCUGGGCCUUUUCUGCAGCAUACCAGAAGCGUUGCUGCAGUUUGGUAUGACGCCGAUACACUUGGCGAAGGCCAUGUGUGAGGCGGCGGAGCAGGGUCACCGCGUCCGUCUGCGGGUUGGCAUUUACGUGACUGUUGUGCAACGAACGGGGGUGUAUGCCGUGACGCGGGUUCCCUGUCAGGGCGUGGGCGCAAGCGAUCCGUUGGAGCUUACGUCAGCCUUUGAGCAAAUAACGGGGCAGCGCUACGACGUCUGCGAGGCAACUGGUCUCUUGCUACACGUGGCGGAGGGAGAGACGCUGGAGGAGGCGCUUCGUUUGCGUUUUCUGAGCCCGCUUGCGACCCCGCACGAGGUGGCGGGGAACACGCCACUCACCCCCGCGAUGCAGCUGACGCGCGUUGUGGUGCGGCACAACCCCUUUGCUCUGCUGCACGGCCCGCGGGUGGUGGGCACGUUUCCGGAGAACGCCGCCGUGCGCGGGGCGUUGUCGGAGCUGCUCUUUUCGCGUGAGGGUUCUGCGCCGGCUGCCGCGCCUGCACCCGUCGAGCGGGGCACGGCGGCGACGGCAACGCUGGCCUCCUCCACACUCACCGGGGAGCAGCUCCGCCGCGCUUUGGAUGAGGCGGUGUUUAACACGCUGUCUCUGGAGCCCAUGAAGAAGACGGCGCUGAGUGCGCACGGCAACAUGGCGAGGUUCCGGGGUCUGGCAAAUUUCGAGGCUCUCCUGAAGGACUCACUAAGGCGGAAUGCCGAGUACCGGGGGAGCAAAUACCACUUGCGGGGGUGA